ACGAGAGUGUGAGAGAAAAGAGGAGAGAGAAAAGAAGAAUCAGGGCGGCAGCUGCUGCAGCCUGACUGGAAGGUUCAGGGACGAAAGGAAAAAAAGGAACUGACAAGAAAGAAAGAGCUGAAGAAUCAUCUUGCUCUAUGGUCUUGUUCCUGUGUUAUCUGGCCCUAAAUGCGUUUCGACAGAGGAAAACGCUUGGGGGUUGAAUAAAAGUCAGGGAGAAGCAGAGGACAUCAAAGUCUGAGCUUGCAGGAAGUCAAAGGUGUGGGCAUGGCUGCCAAGAGAGGCAAGUCUGGCAUGCCACAGAGCGUGGCAAGGAGCGAGCUGAAGGUGUACCGUGUUGGCAGCACUGAGGGUCGCAUCCCGGUGCCAUCCAACCUCCGCAAGCAAAGAUCCCUGACCAACUUGGCCGUGCUGACGGAUGCUGAGAAGAAGAUGCAACUCUAUGAGCCCAAAUGGUGUGACGAUAUGAGCAAGGCUGCCUCGGGCCACCUGAAGAUGGGCAAUCCCAAACCAGUCAGCGGAGGAGGGUCAGGUGGUACCCAACUCUCACGCAACCUCUCCAAAUCGGACCAUUCCCUAUUCCAGGGCAAACCCAAGUUAUUCACCCCGCUGGCAGCACCUGGGACCUUGGGCAAGGGCCAAAGUCGGAUCCCUCGGGGCCCUUACGCGGAAGUAAAACCCCUUAGCAAGACAUCCGAUGAUUGCAAGUCUGACGACGAUAUCCUUUCCAGCAAAGCCAAAGCGAGUGCAAAGAAGGGAUCUGUUGGGUUUUACGGGGACCCUGAAGGCAAAGGUCAAGGUGAGGAAGGAGGAGAUAAACCCUUCCUCAAGGUAGACCCAGAGUUGGUGGUCACGGUACUUGGAGACUUGGAGCAAUUGCUCUUUAGUCAUAUGCUUGAUCCAGAAUCUCAAAGGAAACGGACAGUUCAAAAUGUUCUGGAUCUCAGACAGAAUCUGGAGGAAACCAUGUCCAGCCUGCGAGGAACCCAGCUCAGCCAGAGCUGUGUGGACAGCAGUGUAUGCUACGACAGUGACGAAACCAAUGCUCGCAGCGCCUCCAGCCUCUCCAACCGCUCCUCACCACUCUCCUGGCGCCACGGGCAGGCCAGUCCCCGCCUGCAAGCUGGCGACGCCCCUUCCUCUUCUGGCAGCAGCUAUUUGGUGGGCACCAAGUCCUCGUCCCAGUACACUUCUCACACGAUGCCCGCUCGCUGUUCUAGCCGCCUCAGCCACACAUCACGCAGCAAGUUUAUCGAAGGGCUGGACACCGGCAAAAGCAACCUCAAGUCUGGAUACCUGAGUGAUUCUGAUUUACUCAGCAAGAGUCUGAAUGACGACGACGACGAUGACGAAAAUCUGGCCAAUGGUUGGGAUGAGAGCAGCUCCAUCAGCAGUGGUUUGAGUGAUGGUUCUGAUAAUCUGAGCUCAGAGGAACUCCACGCCAGCUCAUCUCUAAACUCCCUCCCCACUACACCCAUCGGCUCUCGACGCAACUCUUCCGUUAUGUUGCGAACUGACGCUGAGAAGCGUUCUCUGGUGGAGAGUGGACUGGCGUGGGACAGCGAGGACAGUAAAUCCUUACGGAAGUCUGAUGGCGUUUAUGACACGGGCAGCCUGAAAGCAGAAUCCUCCAGCAAAUGGAGGAAAUCUCGGCCUCCGGAUGGCUCCACACAGGAGAAAACAGGGAAAGGUGAACUGAAGAAACCUCAGAGUUUCGGGCAGCCCGGCAGCUUCAAGAAGGGCCGAAAUCCACCUGUGGGCGUCACCUCACCCAUCACACAUACUUCACAAAGUGUGCUAAAAGUAGCUGCCCCUAAAGUAGAUUCUAAGGCUGUCGAUAAGGUUAAAAUGUCUGUGAAGGCAACAGGUCUCCAGCGUUCCCGUUCAGAUGCUGGUCGCGACAACGCAGAGCACCGUAAGCCCCCCUCAGGCCUGGUGAAACCCUCUGCUGGCACCUCCUUCGGUUACAAGAAGCCAUCAACUACUGGUACCGCCACUGUUCUGACAGCAGGGGGCACCACUAUCAUGAGCGGCUCAGCCACUGUGGGCAAAACGCCAAAAUUUUCGGGCAUCCCGAUCAAACCUGUUCCUGGUGAUGGUGGCCGUAAAAACAGCUUUGACGCCAGUGGUUCGGAACAGGGGUUUCUUGCGGCCAAUGCCCGUGGAAGCAUACAAUACCGCAGCCUGCCACGACCUGCGAAGUCUAGCUCUCUGAGCCUAACAGGGCGACCUUCUUCUCGGCCUGUUAGCGGAACCAUUGAUGCCAGUCUACUCACCCUUAAACCUGUACCACCCUUGUCCAACACCAUGCCCACCAGAGGUAAGGAAGGGGGCAGUUUGAAGGCAACGAGCCGUCCAUGCAACACGGGGCCAGUUAAUCAAACAGAUCGUGAGAAGGAGAAAGAGAGGGCAAAGGCCAAAGCCGACUUUGAGAUUAGCUGUUUGAAGGGCGAGAAUCAGGGCAACAGCUGUGGAGAAGCUGUAGAGAAGAUCCAUCGAGAGCGGAGGACAAGUUCAAGCAAAUAUCCUGAACUGAGCUCUCCAACCAGCACACCGAGGUUGCUCAGUAGUAAAUCUCUAGUCCAUCCUCCAAGCCUGGCUCACCUAGACAAGGUCAACUCCAACAGUCUGGACUCAUGUAUCACCAUCCAAGACCUUCCCCCCAAGAUCCCUCCCUACUCCAAACUCCAGGACCUGGUUGGCUCCCGUGUGCCCCCUCGACUCACCCCGAGCCCAGCGCCAGUGCUGCACAUCGACUCUCCCAGCUGUUUCUCUGGUCAGGCGUUGUCUGUUAGCAGUUCUCCCAUCCUCUACCCAAAGAUGUCCGGCCUGCACCGCAGCAUGGAGUCGCUACCGCUUCAUAUGAGCGUGCCCACCAAAACUAACAUGGGAGACCGAGAAGAGGCCAGGAGUACUGGAACAUGGGGUUCGGGCAGUAGGACAUCCAUCACCUUGGGUGACAAUCGCUAUGGCAGCGGCCAAUCAGAGGAUGAGGAGAGGGAGCGCCGCCAUUCCCACACGAUCAUGUCCAUGACGGAAUCGGAGAGUCCGCCCCAGCUGCCUUCACCCACACACAUCACACAGCCUUUCAUUGGGAAAACACCGCCAACUAAUGUUGUGGCACCAAUCCCGAGUUCAGGCUCUGGUUCCCAGAUCACUCGCUCCAACAGUAUCCCAGUGAAUGACAUUGGUUAUGAUCUGUAUGGCACAUCUCCUCUGGGCAGCUCACUCUCUCUCGCCGACCGACCAAAAAGCAUGAUGCGCUCCGGAUCCUUCCGAGAGCCUGGAGAAGAUGUCCAUGGUUCUGUACUGUCUUUGGCCUCCAACGCUUCGUCCAACUAUUCUUCGACUGAAGAGAGAGUGCAAGGAGAGCAAAUCCGGAUAUUGAGGCGCGAGCUGGAGUCUUCUCAGGAUAAAGUGGCCAAUCUGACCACACAAAUCUCAGCUAACGCAAACCUGGUCGCGGCGUUCGAACAGAGUCUGACGCUGAUGACUGCACGACUGCAAAGUCUAUCAUCCACCUCAGAGCAGAAGGAUUCUGAGCUACAGGACCUGAAGGAAACCAUAGAGAUCCUGAAGGCCAAGAACACAGAGGCGCAGACCAUCAUUCAAGGGGCUCUCAAUAUCCCUGAAAUCACACCCAAAGAGCUGCAGAUUGACCGGCAGAACUCGUCAGAGAGCAUCUCCAGUCUGAACAGCAUCACUAGUCACUCCAGUGCUGGCAGUCUGAAGGAACAAGACGCCAAGAAAAAGAAGAAGAAGAGUUGGUUAAGAAGCUCCUUCAACAAGGCCUUCAGUAAAAAGGGUUCCAAAGCGUCGUACGCAGAUAUCGAGGAGAUUGCAACACCUGUCACAUCUGCCCCUUCGUCGCCCAAAAUCCACCGUGAUGUCGAUAACGCUCCUGCAAAGGUCUCCACCUCAACAUCAGGGUCAUGUGAGGGCAUAGAACACGAUGAGAAGGUUGUGACAGAGUUACGCACAGAACUGUGGGAGAAAGAACGCAAACUGACGGACAUUCGUUUAGAGGCGCUUAGCUCUGCUCAUCAGCUUGAGCAGCUGCAGGAGGCCAUGACCAACAUGCAGCUGACGGUAGAGAACCUGAAGGCGGAGAAUGACCAGCUGAAGACCAGUGGCCCCUCCUCCCGACCGCCAAGCUCCGCCUCCCAGUCAUCUGGACUCGGUUCAUUGGGCAUCUCAUCACCAAGGCAAUCAGUGUCUUCUUUCAGCAAAAGCUUUGGCGCAGGACAAAAUGAGCCUUACCCAGACGUCUUUCAAAGCCCCACCACGACUUUGCAAAAGGAUGAAAGUCUCGUCAGAGUUGUGGUUCGCAUACCAAAUCAAAACAUAUUUAAAGAUGAGGUCAAACAGCUGGAGUUUUUUAUUGGCACGGUGCAAAUCAGUGGCCGGACAGACUGGUUUUCUCUCGACUCUGCACUUAGCCGGGUUUUUAAAGAGUAUUUAUCAGUGGUGGACCCCAGUUCUAGUCUCGGUCUCUCUCAGGACUCCAUCUACAGCUAUAGUCUGAGUCAUCUCAAGAGGGUUUUGGGUGCACAGCCGCCCGAAACCCCACCAGUACGUCUCUACACGAAAGGCUCGUCCUGUAUCAGUGUGGCACUAAAAGGUCUUAAGGAGAAGUGUGUUGAUGUUCACGUGUUUGAGACACUGAUACCCAAACCCAUGAUGCAGCAUUACAUCAGUCUGCUGCUCAAACACCGGCGGCUGAUCCUAUCGGGUCCUAGCGGCACAGGAAAGACCUACCUCACCUACCAGCUCGCAGAGUACCUGGUGGAACGCAGCGCUCGAGAGGUCACGCCCACCAUCGCUGUCACAUUCAACAUGCACCGCCAGUCCUGCAAGGAUUUGCAGCUCUACCUGUCCAAUCUAGCCAAUCAGAUUGAUCGAGAAAGCAACACAGCUGAAAUACCAUUGGUUGUCAUCCUGGAUGACGUGCAUGAUGCGGCAUCUGUCAGUGAACUAGUCAAUGGUGCUUUAACCUGUAAAUAUCAUAAAUGUCCAUACAUAAUAGGAACAACCAAUCAGCCAGUGAAGAUGACACCGAACCAUGGACUUCACCUCAGCUUCAGAAUGGUUAUGUUCUCCAAUAACGUGGAGCCAGCCAAUGGGUUCCUGGUGCGUUACUUGCACAGAAAGCUCAUGGAGGCAGAAGAUCCCAGGAGUGUAAGCAAUGAAGAUCUGCUGCGGGUACUGGACUGGGUGCCCAGACUCUGGUACCACCUGCAUACCUUCCUGGAAAAGCACAGCACUUCCGAUUUUCUCAUUGGCCCCUGUUUCUUCCUGUCCUGUCCCGUCACAGUAGAGGAAUUCCGCACAUGGUUUAUUGAUCUUUGGAAUCACUCCAUCAUUCCAUACCUGCAGGAAGGAGCUAAAGAUGGCAUUAAGGUUCAUGGGCAGAAGUCAGUUUGGGAGGAUCCAGUGGAGUGGGUCAGGGGGUCCCUACCGUGGCCUUCCGCUCAACAAGACCAGGCCAAACUCUUCCAUCUGCCUCCCCCCAGCACCAGCCCCGGCAGCCCCAGUCAGCCUGGAGAUGAUAGGCCGUAUAAAGAGACUCCACCCAGCUCCGUGGAGUCAGAUCCACUGAUGGCUAUGCUGUUAAAACUGCAAGAAGCUGCCAAUCACAUCGAGUCACCGGAGAAAGAGACGGUCCCUAAACUCCCUCCGCUCUGAACACCUGUAUAACCUCCUCCAUCAUCUCUCCUGACGCUUACGCCGAGGUCCAAACUCCAUCAGCUGCAAAUGACGCUGUACUGUUACAAUAAAUGCUCUAAGUACACUCCACCUAUUUAUUUAUUAUGACAUCCAUCCACAUUUACUUUCAUUUCAAUCAAAUCAUAGCAACCAAACGUUUACAACAGUAUUGUGGCGGAACUAUGGUUCAGUGAUGCUAAUACCAUGGUAUUUUCAUAUAUACAGUACAGUUGUAUGGUUUAAUUGGCAAUUACCUAUAGCAUGAUAAUAUCACAAUACUUUUAAGUAAUGUUAGGUGUCAUAUGAUCCAUACUUUUGUCAUCUAAUAGACAAAAAAUGUAAAGCACUUAUAUCUGCAUAUAUGUUUACAGACGCUAAUAGGUAUGCAUUUUUUCUCUCCGGGAACCCUUACUGUCUACACCACUGCUGCCCAUAUAAACAACUCAAGGAAACAGGUGCUAAACUCACUAGUGUGCACGUCAAACUUCAUCUCACGUCAGAACAACAGUCAAAAUAUAUAUUUCUCCUUACCGAUAUACAACCAUACAGACCAUUUUAGUCUAUGCUGCUAUGUAAACGAGUUCAGUUAUUUUGAAUUUUUAAUUUCUUUCACCCUUGACUGGCCAGAAACCUUUGAAAACACUUAUGCAGACAUUUUCUUUCUCUUGCAAACACAGCGAAUGCCUUACAACUUAAGUGUACUAUCAUAUGUCCUGCUGUAGAGGGCAGUGUUGUUAUUCAGAAAACAAGAAUUGACUCCCUUUUCAUUUAAUUUUUUUUUUAUUUAAUUUUCUUUAUUUAUCACACAUUAUAAAUUUUUUGCACAUAUACGGUGAAAUUCUUCUUUUUCACAUAUCCCAGCUAGGCUGGGGUCAUUUAUAAGUGUGAAUUUAAAUUGAAUUGACCACAGGAUGUUGAAUUGGAAUUUGAAUUGGCUAUUUAUUCCUGUACUUUCCACAUUGUGUUCAGAUAGCAUUAUAAAACUAAAUACUAACAUGAAAAAUUGAAUCUGUUGAUUAUAUAAAAUAUUGAGCUACAAUAAGUGGUCAAAUUAAGUGUUCUUCAACCUUCAACAUUAUUAGAUAUAAUAAAAUGUACAGUAUAUCAAUAAAAUACAUUUAACCUAAUUUCUGGAGGUAUUAUUAAUAGUAUCCAAUGUUUCUGGAAAUACCAUGUUAUAACAUGUUUAUAGCUAAUUAAUACUGAAAAAUUAAAACUACACCUACAGCAGGUGUAUUAAUUUUAUUUUCAUUCUACUUGAAUUCAAACUCAAAUUACAACUCUGCAUUCUGUUUAAAAGGUAUUCUCAAUUCAGUUCUGAAUGGCGUACCAUCUUGGUACAGUGUUGACAAAAUGAAAAACCCAUUUUCCGACUGAAGUUGGCAGAGCAGUCCACUCCAACACCUCAGAACCACACUGUAAAGAUAUCAGUUCCCAACCGCAACCGGCUGUGAACGCGCUCAGCUGCACUUUGUUUUACCGUAAUGUUACUGUAGAGAACUUUUACUUUGGCUAUGUCACUGAGCUCAGGGGUUUGGUUAUCUCAGGCCUCUAAUUAUCACUUAAUACAGCUAUCUUCUCAGUUAACUGCUCUCUUUGUAGCAAAUGGUGCAACUAUAGCGUAUGAAAACCAAAUACUCAGUGCUUAACUUAGUAUCAACCUUUUAUUUAGUGUACAAGAAACAAAUACUCCAACAAAGUGCAUAGGGAUGUGAUGCUGUAAACUGGAGGACAAAGAUUAUCCUUGAUCAUUUGGUGCUAUCGGAUAUCAAUAAAGGAACAUGGCUAUGUUUCCUAUAGAAAUCGCACUUGACAUCCAAUAGCCUUGGUCUCAUAGUGUUUAAUGGCAUCUUUAGAUACAACCAAUUGAUGAAGACUUUGCUUGUCAGAUUAAUGACAAUUUAAGUUUUAUUUGUUUGAUCCUUUUCUUUUAGUAGUUUAGGUUUCAAACUGUCUUUUAGACCUGAAAAUACACAGCAGAAUCGAAACAAAGAAAAUCUAGUGUAAUUUAUCAAAAUUUCUAAUUAAUAAUAAUGUAGUGUAUGUAAAUAAUGUACACUACAUCCGAAUGUUUUCACAGGUAUCUUGUGUAGUUAGACAAUAGAGGAAGUGGAUUUACUCGCAGAAGGCAGUGGUGAACCAGUAAUUUCCCGUCUUUGUACCUGAAAAUACUACUUGGAUCCAAGCAUGCGUGUAAGAACUGCACUUUGAGGUGAAAGUUAAAAGUAUUAACUCAAAUUCAUUCCAUUAUUCCUUUCUAUUCACUAUUCAUAUGUUACAGUUCCAUUACUCGUCUAUGUAAAAAAAUAUUUUCAUAAGUCCUUCUCUUCAUGUACUUAAAGAAAAGUUUAAAAAAUUGGUUCACUGGAGUUUAUUAGCUGGAUCGAAAAGUCAAUUAUUACUUUUAUUUAGACUGUUUAUGAGCCUUCUUCAUUUGCACUGCUGCUUCCAGUGAAAUGUGUGAGAUAUACAUUUAAUUACAUUCUAGAGAUAAAACAGUGUGACGAUGGCUUUUGAUGCUUAUUCACAUAAGAAGAAAAAAAUCGCAUUUUCUCACCGACAGGAUCUUAGGUGCAUUUGGCCCACUUGCAGUUGCAUGUUAUAUAGCAAUGCUAUAAUAACAAUGUGCAAUAAUCAAUGUUUUUGUCUUUUUUUAAUUUUUUAUUAUCCAAACAUCCUUAAAACAAAAACAAAAAAUGUACUUAGGAAACAAAAUUGUCUGCGAUAUUAAGACUCGUUCUCAGAAAAUAUAUCUUGAAUCCUUGCUAAAUAUGGUUAGAUUUAUGCUUAAAAUAAUCCAACUAUUUAUCUCAUAUAUAUAUAUAUAUAUAUAUAUAUAAUGUACACACCGAUCAGCC